GGUAUCGUUUUUCAUAACAGAAACAUGAGGCUCGACCCAUCAGUGAAAUUAUUGGGUUCAUUCGUUCAUACCAAGACACAUCAGUCGCUCGAUCGAGCGGUCGGCAUGAUCUUGAAGCCUUCUCGAUCGUGAAUCCAGUCGCCGACCCGGAAAAGUGGGAGGGAGAUGGCGACUGCGGAGGCGAAGGCGGUGAUCCCGGAGUCCGCUCUGAAGAAGAGGAAGAGGGAGGAGCAGUGGGCUCUGGUGAAGAAACAGGACCUCGACGCCAAGAAGAAGAAGGCCAGGGAGAACCGAAAACUAAUCUUCAGUAGAGCCAAGCAGUAUGCUAAGGAGUACGAAUCCCAGGAAAAACAGCUGAUUCGUUUGAAGAGAGAGGCCAGGAUGAAGGGUGGAGUCGACUGUAGCCCUAAAGCGAUGUUUCUCUUCAUCAUCUGCAUUCGAGGGUGGGCGACACCUUUUCUCUACCCUUUUAAUAUAUAUAGUCUAUUAUGUCAUAAAUUGAUUUUCUUUGUUAUUUUGGUAAUUAACAUGUCAUUUCUCUGUUUGCAAUUGAUCCAUCAACGCCAUGCACCCAAGAACACGAAAGAUCUUGCCACUCCUUCGUCUCAGACAGAUAUUCAAUGGUGUAUUUUUGGAAGUUAACAAGGCCAUGAUGAACAUGUUGCGUCAGGUUGAACCUCAUGUUACAUAGGGAUUGGUGCAGUUGGAAGUGAUGCUCUUAAACAUUGAGUGGAUAUAGCAACCUGAUUGAAAGCUCGUGUCGACAGUCCAAGUUAGACUCGACAGUCCAAGUUAGACCCUUUUGUAGUCUCUUUUCCAACAAUGGUUAUAUACUAGAAUACAUGCUCUUAGACCUAAGUCGAAGGCCAAGACAGCAGCAAUCUGCAAGUCUACCACGGCUUUAAAUGUGAAUCAGAGAAACACGGAAUCUAGCGGCAAAGAGCCCCAGCCUACCACCCCAUUAUCCACGUCUUCCGAAGCAGCAGGUAUACAAACGCACAAGAUCUGAAUGCUGUCAUCGUCACAGAAGUGGAGCCUGUUGUUGGAGCAGUGGCAAUUCAGAAGAGCUUCAAAAGUGACGACAAAUUGCCAGUGCUCCAACAACAGGCUCCGCCAGAGGGCCGAGGUUGAUAAGAAGAAGGCACUGGCAAUUCAUUGUCACUUAACCUGAAAGAAUGCUCAGGUGGAUAAGCAGAAGAUUGAUGCAAGGAACUAAGAGCUUGAAAAGACUAUAAUGUAUCUAUAUAUCAGGUGGGGAUAGAGAGUGCAAUUCCACAAAUUGUAAAUCUUAAUCUCGUUCUUUGUACAUUGCUAUAUGCAUGCAACCAACCCUAAUUGCUGAGUAACUUUGGGGUGUGCUGCC